UUUGGGAGCUGCUCAUGGCUGUUCUGCGUCCUGAGAUAACUGAGACACAAGAAGAAGACAGAGAUUCUGGAGCAGAUUUCGUUUUGGGUUUUUUUCCAAUAAGACCUGUGAUCACAACUAUUCAGCCCUGGAGCUGUUAGAUAGGAUGGCCACAGGCGCCGGCGAGUGUCCCGGGAAGGCCAGUCAGCACCGGGUGGACCACCUCCUCAGUGCCGUGGAGAGUGAGCUGCAGGCCGGCAGCGAGAAGGGCGACCCCACGGAGAAGGAAUUGAAAGUCUCCCUAGAUGAGAGCGAGCUUUGGCAAAAAUUUAAGGAUCUUACAAAUGAAAUGAUAGUUACAAAGAAUGGCAGGCGCAUGUUUCCGGUGCUGAAAGUGAACGUGUCUGGAUUGGACCCGAACGCCAUGUAUUCUUUUCUGCUGGACUUCUUAUCUGCGGACAACCACAGGUGGAAAUAUGUGAACGGGGAGUGGAUCCCUGGUGGCAAACCUGAACCUCAAACUCCCAGCUGUGUGUACAUACAUCCGGACUCUCCAAACUUCGGGGCGCACUGGAUGAAAGCUCCCGUCUCCUUUAGUAAAGUCAAACUCACCAAUAAACUCAACGGAGGAGGUCAGAUAAUGUUAAAUUCCUUACACAAGUACGAGCCACGCAUCCAUAUAGUGCGGGUUGGAGGUCCCAGGAGGAUGAUCACCAGCCACUCUUUCCCAGAGACGCAGUUCAUUGCAGUAACAGCAUACCAAAACGAAGAGAUAACUGCUCUUAAAAUAAAGUACAACCCUUUUGCCAAGGCCUUCCUAGAUGCAAAGGAGAGUAUAUCAUCAAUCAUUUUCAGAAGCGAUAACAAAGACAUAAGAGAAGAUGCCAAUGAAAACCAGCAGUCAACUUACUCUCAAUUAGGUGGUUGGUUUAUUCCAGGCACAGGCUCUCUCUGCCCUCCUGCCAGUCCUCACAGCCAGUUUGGGAGUCCCAUCUCCCUCUCGCCGUCCCAUGGCUGUGAGCGCUACUCCACCCUGAGGAACCACCGCUCUGCCCCUUACAGCAGUCCGUACGCCCAUCGGACCAACUCGCCCAUCAGUUACUCCGAUAACUCAGCCUGUCUGUCGCUGCUCUCAAGCCACGAUAACUGGUCCAGUCUACAGAUGCCAACACACUCCAGCAUGAUGCCCAUGACCCACAAUUCCACGUCUGGUACCAACUCUAGUCAGUACACCAGCCUGUGGUCUGUGAGUAACUCGCCCCUGAGUCCCGUGUCCCAGAAUGGGGGGAUAAACAACAGCCUGAGCUCCCAGUUCCUUCGAGGGUCCAGCAGCCACUACCCCAGCCUGUCUCACUCAGUCACAGUGCCCUCCUCUGGCUCUCCCAUGUAUGACAGCGGCUCAGCCACAGAAGUGCACGACAUGGCUCAGUACGACACCUCUCCACACGGGCGAUUACCUUCAGCCUGGACUCCUGUGACACCUCCGUCCCUCUGAUGGAAGUGUCUCUGCAAGCUUGGAGAAAGACGGCCAUGAAAUAUUGUCUGCAGGAUGUUUCAUCUGCUGUAACUUAAAGGAACAAUCAACCCCAAAUUUAAUAGAUUUUUAUUUGUUUCCAAAUCAAAUUUCACAGGCAAAAGACUGUUUUCAGUUAAGUUCUUCACAAUCCAAAAAUGUUUCACUUUCCGAUUGGUAGAAGCAACACUUUGAGUUCUUGAACUAACCCUUUAAAGAUGUAUUUUGGUCUCAAUAAAUUACCUACAGUUUCUAUGUUUUUAACUUUUAAACCACAAAAUGAAUAUUUUUAUUUUUCUUUUGGGUUGAUUUUUCCCUUAAGCUCAUCAAAUAUUUUUGGAAAAACAUAUUUAUAGUUUGUGAACUAAAAUCCAUUUUAACCUGCUUAUAUUAAGCAUAACUCCAUGAUAUUCACAGCAAUAAGCACAUGAAAUGUACAGCUGGAACAUGUUCAAUGAUAAACAUUGUUUAUAGUGUAAAUGACAAAGUAAUUGAGGUUUACCUUGUAAAUAGAUAAAUGAGGCUUUUUAUACCACAAUGACGCCGUUUGAGAUUUUAUGUUCCAGAUUGUUUUUAAAAUGAAAUGAAAAGGGGGAUCUAAUGUCGAUACUCUGCUAUGCAGAUGACACACAACUUUCCAUAUCAUUAAAAAAACAUGUUGAGGUCUCUCAAAAGGCUGUUUUUGAGUCCAUAUACCUGACAUUAAAAACUUGAAUCUGCUUUA